GUAGAGGAUGCGCGAGAUGCCUCCGUGGUAUCCGCGGUGCUCAGAUCUGCUGGCUUUGACGACACUGCCUGUGCGUUCGCUCAGUAUGAUGAUGUAUCGCAAGUCACAGCGGCCCUUGAAUCGCUCGUCUCCUCCAACCUCGUCAACCCCCGCACCCGCCCCCUCCGCAUCCCGGUGCAAGACGUCUUCAAGAUCGGCGGCAUCGGCAUCGUGCCCGUCGGGCGGGUGGAGAGUGGCACGCUCACGCCCGGCAUGCGGCUCAAG